AUGUCCUACUCUAUUGCUAUGGACCCGGAAAAGUCGGAACUUUCUCAUUGCGAAACCAUACUGCCCAAACCUGUCGAUCGAAUUGAGCCCUCUUGCGACACAUCAAUUCGCUAUGACCGUCACGGGCUUCCUCUUGUGCCACAGCCCUCAUCCCACAAAGACGACCCAUUGAACUGGCACCCAGCGCUCAAAUUGGGUGUUACACUGCAAGUUAGUUGGCUCGCCUUCCUAGGGCCUUUAGGGGCCGCAGCACCAAACCCGGCCUUUGUUGUCAUGAGUGAACACUUCCAACUGAGUAUUCUAGAAGUCAGCUACAGUAAGUACCUUUUGCUUUUUGGAGUUCCUGCCGCUUUCGUGAAUUCGAUUUUGCUUACGUUCACUUUCCUCACAACAGAGCUUACUCUCUUUCUCCUCUUUGCUGGUGUUGGACCGUUGGCUGCCAUUCCCUUGGCCAGUGGAUAUGGCCGGCGACCUGUCUACCUUGUGGGUAACUUGGUUGCUGCUAUAACAAACAUCAGUGCCGGUUACUGCAACACAUGGGUAGGAAUAAUGGUCCCUCGUGCAUUAAAUGGCUUAGCAGCGGGAUCGGUUGUGGCUGUGGGGGCAGCAACAAUCUGCGACCUUCACUUCAUGCACCAGCGCGGUGUUUAUAUGGAGAUGCUAUUUGCUCCGAAAUCCGCACCUGAUUAUCAUCAAGAACAAUCCUAUAUCGAAAAUCCCACAUUUCGGCACAGUAAUGUGCCAGCUCGUCGACCGCAUUUGCGGGAUUUCACUAGACCCUUUGCAAUGCUGAAAUGUGUGGCUGUCCUUUUUCCGAGCGCGUUAUAUAUAGCAUGUUUUGGCUAUGGCACUGUUCUCAUCGCCCUCACCGGCGCCGAAUUCUUCACCAAGCUCUAUGGUUUCAACGCCCCUCAAACUGGCCUAAUGCUUAGUAUACCCCUUCUAGUGGGUGGAAUUAUCGGAGAAUGCGGUGCCGGAUGGGUAACAGAUUGGUUAUCGAAUCGAUAUGCCAAGAGACACGACGGUGAUCGCCUCCCUGAAGCACGGUUGACCGCUAUCUGGGGAGCAAUACUUGUCCCCAUUGGCAUCAUUGUGGAGGGUGUGUGUCUUCUUACUCACUAUGAGACAGUUAGCUGGGUUGGUAGCGCAUUUGGUAUGGGAUUGUCCAAUAUGGGUCUCCAGGUUGCCACAACAACUAUUUACGCUUACGCCACUGAUGUAGGUGGUACCCUAUUUCUGCUACUUGAGCGCAAAUUCUAA